UAGUCGUAGGAAUGGAUGAGUGAUAAGAUAUCGAAAUUUUCAAGUUAUCGUCUCUGUAUUUGAAUUACUCUGCUCAUUUCGUUUCGUGCCAUAUUGUAACUAAUAUUUUUCUACGGUCUCUUCUACACCUUCUGCACCAGUGUGUGUAAAGGUGAUAUUAAUUUUAGGUAGUUCAGAUUUAUUUUCAUUUUAAAAUCAUUUCGUAUUUAAAUCAAACUUCCAAGUUCAACAAUGGAGUUCUCUGUAGUAUCGUGUUUGAUUUUGGGUUUCGUUUUCCUCGGCUGGACCGGCGACGUAGAUGCUCAAACACAAGGAAAAUUAAAUUGCAAAGUACCUAAGGUCCAAAUGCCCACAGAUUGGAUUACUAUGACCGACCCUUGUACUAAACUGAUGAAAGCUCAGAUCCAGGAAGAGUUAACCGCAUCGAUGACGUAUCUAGCAAUGGGGGCUCAUUUUUCCAAAGAUACCAUCAACCGACCCGGAUUUGCCAAGUUUUUCUUCGAUAGCGCUUCCGAAGAGCGAGAACAUGCUUUGAAAUUAAUCGACUACUUAUUGAUGCGAGGAGGUUUGACUCAAGAUAUCAGCCAAUUGAUCAGAGAUCCGCUCCCAUUGUCGGAUACCUGGACUGACGCUGUUAGCGCUUUAAAAGAUGCAUUGACCUUGGAAGCCAGCGUAACUCGUAAAUUACGCGAUAUCGCCUCAAUUUGCGAAGCCCCUGGUCAAGAAUCAGCCAACUUCAACGAUUACCACCUUGUCGACUGGUUGACCGCUGAAUACUUAGACGAACAGUACAAGGGACAGAGAGAAUUGGCCGGCAAGAUUUCCGAUCUUGGAAAAAUGAUGGUUUCUCACGGACCUCUCGGAGAAUUCCUUUAUGAUAAAAAAUUGCUCGGCGGAGAACCAAUUUCUUUCUAAAAAUCGCAGCCGGUUUUUUAAAAUCGUAUUGUAGAUAUUUUACCAAUUUUUUUCGUUUUUCUAUUCGUGUGAUGGAGAACUAGUUUUAGAUUUAAAUACUUAAUGUUUUACAACGAGUAAUUGAGUACCUAUGUUAUUUUAUUACGUUUAUCUUUCAAGAGUAUAUACCUACUUAGUCUUUUUUGAUGCCAUGUUUUUGUAAUGAUCAAAUUUUAAUUGUAUAUUUGUGGAAUUUUUA